AUGGCAUACAGCUGGGACAAUCGUGUUAGUUUUAUAGUGAAGUUUCUUUACGAUAUUGAUAAUAAUGGCGUAUUGGAUCAACACGACUUCGAGUGCAUGGCCCUUAAGAUGACGUUGAUCGAGGGCAAGGGAGACUUUAAUUACAAUCGGUAUCAGGAAAAUCUUCACAUAAUGCUCUCCUUGUGGGAAGAGAUAGCAGAGCUCGCCGACUUUAACAAGAUUUGGGUCCCCUUAAUAUCGGUUAUAAAUGAAGCGGUAUUGAUAAUGAAAAAAUCAAAUGAAAUAAGCCUCAUCUGCGUUAUAAAUAUUCAGGAUGGCAUAGUAACGGUCGAAGAGUUCAAAAAAGCAGUACAGAAAAGUUGCGUGGGCCGUUCCUAUCGAGAUUUCCCCCAAGCCAUGAAGAUGUUUAUAGACAGUCAUUUCAAGUUGGUUGAUAUUAACGAUGACGGUGUUAUAGCAGCUGAUGAGUUCCGGUAUAAUUGCGUCACGAGGAUUCCCGUGGACAGUAUUGACGUGCUCGACGAGGCUUACCAAAAUCUUUUGACGGACGACGACAGAAGACGAGGCGGAUUGACGUUAUCGCGGUACCAAGAGCUUUACGCACAAUUUUUGGGCGACCCGGACGAGAAUAGUCCGGCUGUACAUCUUUUUGGACCACUGCACGAGUUGUGCUAA